GAAAGGUAAGCGGGAUCUAGACCACCCGCUGUGCCGCUUUGUGGACAACGACUCCAUUGUUAUGGCGGAGAGACAUAUAUCGUGUCAUUAUAUCCAUAAUCUUCGGUGUGGUCAAGAUGGGAGUAGAAUUUCACUUCCUGUAUGUAACGGGUGUAUUCACAACAUAAUCAAACGGAACGAAAUGGACAGCGACCUAAUUGAAUUUGUCCAAUAGAAACUCGUUUUCUUGCAAAAAAUGUUUCCGUUUUGAGUAAAUGGUUUCCGUUGCAAAACGUUUUGGACUAAUGAUUACACCCCUGGUACCCGACAGAGACACACCUGUGAAAUGGAAAGAUKUUGAUAGUUUGUAUAGAAUAAUCGACGACAGAUACCGAAUUUACAGAUCAUCCGCCUGAYUGUAUUUGUGGGAAAUUGUUUUCCUGGAAUGUCUUGUAGAAUGACCUCUCUCCAAAUUGGAUUGUUAUUGGGCGCUUCGGUGUGUUGUAUUAUUUUCCUGGGGCACGCGGAGGCUCAGGCAUUCGGGGAACAAUGUUUGGAAAAGUUCAAAAAGGGCAGAGACGAUUUCGUUCUCGACACCAAUGAGUCGGUCAAAGACGGUGCGACUUUCAUCGCUUCAAUGAAAGUUGAGCGCUCCAAUGACUGUAUACGCUCCUGCUGCAAAGACACCAGAUGUAAUGUCGCUUUCAUGGAGAAGGUUUCAGAUGAGGGCAUGAUCAAGUCAUGCUUUCUCUUUGACUGUCUAUACAAGCAGACCUACGUCUGCCGAUUUGUCAGGAAGAAGGGAUUCCAGAACUACAUCAUAGACUCUGUGUAUGCAAGUGAUCUGGCAACAAAUGGGUUCCCAGAUGAAGAGGACCAUCCUCCAGUGGCCAAUGGAGGUCCGGACAGAGUGGUGCAGCCCCAUGGUUUGACUCUGAAUUGCAUUGAGAGCAAAGAUGACACGAGAUUGUCACGUGACCAGUGGCACCUAGUGUCAGGCAAUCCUCCUCUGUCAUAGAGUUCUGCCAUACUAGACAACAAUUUAAACACUUUUAUUUCCUCGUCUCCUAGAAACUAAAUCGAUGACCAAGUGAUCGUGUCCAAACUGACGUCUGGGGGUUACAAGUUCCAGCUGACCGUCACAGGACUCCAGCGGGAAGUCCGAUCAAACCAGAUCACCGUCCUGGUGCUCACCCCUGAGCAGUCUGAGGAUCACUGCCUGGUCCCCAAGAAGGUGGGUCCCUGUCGUGGGUCCUUCCCCCGCUGGCACUACAAUGCUGCCUCAGAAAAGUGUGAGGAGUUCCUGUUCGGGGGCUGCAGAGAGAACCUAAACAACUACCUGUCCCUCCAGGAGUGUACCAAUGCCUGUGAUGGUGUUUCAGUUAUGUCCAGCGUUGGCAGUAGCAGAAGUGGGCCACUUCCAGCCCCUAGAG